GGAUGAGGAUCACAUACAAGUGGACUGUGUUCUGCGGACUGUGGAGCCAUAAAGAUGACAAAGUGAUGGUGUCCCUAUGUUAACGAACUGGGUAGAAGAAACGAGAUACAUAGCUUUACUCUAGCUUGCUUUCGCUGUUUCCACUAAUCGUGAAUCAAUCUCCAACUCGUUGAAGAAAUGGCCGAGGCACUCGUCAACCUCCUUGUUGAACAAUUGGGUUCAGUUGUUUACCACCAUACAAGUGAAGGGGUGAAACUGGUUUUGAAUGCUAAGGAGGACGUUGACAAGUUCAGAAGCAUUCUCAUACUUAUCCAGAAUGUGCUUCAAGAUGCCGAGAAGAAGCAAGUGGAGGAUCCCGCGGUGAGAGACUGGUUGGAUAAGCUCAAAGACGUGUCGUACAAGAUGGAUGACGUGCUGGACGCUUGGAACACCGAAAUUGGGAAACAAGAAACACAAGGUUCUGAUGCGGAGGUACGUUUCUCAUUUCGUUCCAAUUGCUUUUGUCUUGCCCGAUUGAAUGAGGUAACUCGUCGUUAUAAGAUUGGUAGAGCAAUAAAAGAUCUGAAUGCAGAGUUAACUAAGAUUGACGUUGACAAAAACCAGUUUAGCUUUCAAUCCACCAUGCAUGCUGCUGCAGUUAAUGUUGAACAACCUAAUCCACGAUCUUUUACUUCAUCUUUCGUUGAUAUAUCGACCACAUUUGGGCGACAAGUUCAAAAAGACAGGCUGGUGACUGAGUUGUUAAGGCCAAGGGAAGGGAGGCCCGGCCUUGUCAUCCCCAUUGUAGGGAUGGGAGGAUUGGGGAAAACAACUUUUGCCCAAUUAGUCUUUAACGAUGCACAAGUUCAAGCCCAUUUUGAUCUCAAAGCAUGGGUUUGUGUCUCAGACCCUUUUGAUGUCAUCAAGAUUGCAAAAGCAAUCUUUAGGCAACUCGGUGGUACUCGAGUUACUUCAGACGAGUUGCAAACUAUAUUAGAUGAUAUUCAAAAUCUUGUCAAGAAAAAAGAGGAUGAAAAGGAAAAGAAGAUCCUUCUUGUCCUAGACGACGUGUGGACCGAAGACGACAGAGAGUGGGAUAGUUUAAAAUUACAAGUAUUAAUGCAAAGUUGUGCUAAAGGCAGUAGAGUUUUGGUGACCACUCGAAAGCAGGAGGUUGCUCGAAUUAUGAAAGCAACCAGUGACAUGAUCAUUUUGGAGAAGCUGAGUCCGGAAGAUUCUUUGAAACUAUUCUAUAAUGUUGCAUUUUUGGAUAGGGAACAAGAUAAGUCCAACGAGGGGUUUGGAAAUAUUGCUGAGAAAAUUGUUAGAAAAUGUGACGGUUUGCCUCUCGUUCUGAAGACUUUAGGUUGUCUCCUAUUGUAUAAGCAAACAAUUGGAGAAUGGGAAGAAGUUCUCAACAGUGAGAUAUGGAAGGUAAAAGUGGUUCAAGAAGAAGUUUUUCGACCAUUAUUACUCAGUUAUUAUGAUUUGGCUCUAGAGAUUAAGAGUUGCCUUCUAUAUUGUGCUACUUAUCCCAAAGAUUUUGAGUACAAAAAAGAAAUUCUUAUCGAGCAGUGGAUGUCACAAGGCUAUUUGAAUGUUGGAGAAAACAAAGAAGAGGCAACACAAGGUAGAGAAGUUUUUACUAAGUUAGUAAUGCGAUGUUUCUUUCAAGAUUUCAGGCAAGAUGCACUUACUAAGGAAAUUAUAGGCUGCAAAAUCCAUGAUACUGUGCAUGAUUUUGUACAAUAUCUUACCCAGAAUGAGUGUCUUACUAUGGAGGCUACGGGUACCCAUGGAACAGAGACAUCGAGUGCAAAUGACAGGGUUCGCCAUUUGACCUUAAUGUCAGCACCCGAGCGUCCAUUUCCAUCGUUUAUAUCAAACUUAGUGAAUAGAAAAAUUUUGCGUACCCUGGCAACUUUUGGUUCAAGAAUUACUGCCAUAGACUCGGAUUUGAUUUCACAGUUGAAAUGCCUGAGGACCUUGAAUUUGAGUCGCAACAAGAUCUGGCAGUUGCCAGAGGAGAUUGGUGAUUUGACACAUUUGAGAUAUCUUGAUUUGUCUCAUAAUGGUACUUUGAGCAGAUUACCCGAAAGAGUGUGUAACUUGUACAAUUUGCAAACUUUGAGGCUUAAUGGCUGCCGGUAUCUUGAAGAGUUGCCGGACAAUAUGGGGAAGUUGAUUAACUUGAAGCACCUUCAUGUUGAUUGUGGGCUGAAGUACUUACCAAAAGGGAUUAGGCGUAUAAGGAAUUUGCGAACACUAGACGGGGGCACUUCUGUUUAUUGUAGUGAAGAUGCCAAAGCAUUGACAUUCGGAGAUCUGAGAAUGAUGAAUCAGCUUCGCCGUCUUGACAUCCGUAUUGAAUCAAGGGUUUGGGAAAAUGCUGCAAGUGAGGCCGAGAAAGCAGAAUUGAAUCAAAAACUUCAUCUUUCUUAUUUAAAACUUUCUCUACAUGAAAAUGCUGCAAGGGUUUGGGAAAAUGCUGCAAGUGAUGGCCGAGUAAUGAAUGCCUUGCGACCACAUGAAAAUUUGGACUCUUUGGUAAUUUGGAAGUAUCAUGGCCCCACCUGGCCCAAUUGGAUGACGACGUCGUAUUUAACCAGAUUGACAGUCUUUCAUCUUUGUGACAGCAACUCCUCUGUUUUGCCUCCUCUCGGGAAACUGCCGUCCCUUAAAGUAGUAAAGCUAGUGCGCAUGAAUUAUCUGGACAUGUCUCGUCUGAAAGAGAUCGGAGCUGAAUUUUACGGAGUAGAAGAAGAAACAUCAUCAUCAUCCUUCCCCAGUUUGGAAACACUCUUUCUUGGCUGCUUGCUGAGUUUAGAAAAGUGGGAAUUAGGUGGAAAGGCAGAAGAGGGUUCUUCUAAUUCCCAAAUGAAAUCAAUUUCAAUAAUGCCACGCCUUUCUUCCUUGCAUAUUGUGGAGUGUCCUGAACUAAAACAACUGCCAGACUUCCUCCUGCAAAAUGCACCACUGCAGAAUCUUCUCAUCCGUCGUUGUAAGAGCCUUCCUGCCAGCCUUCCUGACGAGUUCAUCUCUCGCAUCCCAAACGUCACAAUUAAAAAUUCGGGAGUUGAUCCCCUUUUCAAAGGAAGAGAAAUAGAUGCUGCAGAGUAUUAAUUUGCGGAAGCCAAACUAUUCUGGUAAUCGCUAUCCCCGACGUACUGACGUUACUUAUAGUCGACCAAGUUAAAGAUUUCAAGCACCCUAUCGCAGGCUGUUCAAGCCUCAAGUUUGCAGUGGCUAGAUUGCCCAAGACAUGAUGACACUUAGGUAGCUUUAAGCAUGACCGACUCAUAAUCACAAUGAACCUUGAAGUUGUCCAACUGAUCGAUGGGGUUCUGCAAAUGGAGCAAAGGUAGCAGAGAAACUAAGGUCCAUCUAUAAUAUCACAGGUUCCUUCUGUUAUGGUCAGGACUGUCCCUUGAAUGAGGAUAUGAACACAACGGCACCUCCAUAUCAAGAGGUUAAAAGUAUCACAGCAAUUGAGCAUUAUCAAGGGUGUUGGUUUUUAAGGCAGUGACAGAAGCCAAGAGCAUACUCCACAUUGAAGAUCUUACUAGUUGCUUAUGAUACUUUUAUUGCCUCUUCCAAUAGUUCGGGCUCAGCAUUCAACUCCUGCUCAAGGGCAUUUGAAUUCACACUUCUGGUUUCUUUCUUCACUUACAAAAAAUAGUGUAGAUUCUAAAGUUUGCAGUUGCUGGAGUUCUCAAGACAUGAUGACACUCUGGUAUUCCUUCUAGAAAAAAAAAUCACCAAAAAGCAGAAGAACAGCAUGACAUGGGCUUUGUCAGCAGUGGAACACUAAGGUGAGACCUCAAAGUAGCAGUGGAGCAGCAUAACAUGAUACUUGGGUAGUCCUUAUCGCAUGCAAAACUUUGAAAUGUAGAAGCAUGGAGACUCCAAAACCGCAUCGGAGUUGUCAAGCUGGUGAUUAAUCAUUAAUGAGAUGAGGAGUAUUUUCGAAGCUUUCCUUUGCAGAUAUUGGCGUGACUUGGCUCUUAACUAGACGUGGUAGUAAUUUGGCAUCUGUAUCUGAAGCAUUUCUAUAUAUGUAGCAGUUGAAGCUUGAAUUUGCACUUGGUAGUUCUUGUAUUCUAAUGUUUCAAAAUUCAGUAUCUAAUUUACAUUGCAUUUGAUUUUCUUGCCUUAGUAGCGGAAGCUUUUUGUUCCAUGAAAAAGAUGGAAGUGCAGAAUGACCCAUAUCUCAUUCGGUCUACUAAAUUUGGCCCUGCCUUGACAGAGAAUCAAAUUUAGCAUAACUGGAGAAGCAGCAUAUAUAUCAUAGUGGUAACAAAUUUGCUUUAAAUUGAACAACAUGGAGUUUCACUUUUCCCCCCUCUUUAGUAAGAAUAGAGAUGCUGGUUGCUUAACUAGAGAAAAUGAAUUCUAUGCAGGACCUGUCUGAAGCAGUGGUGCAGUAGCAAGUAGCAAGGAAAACAGUUUAUGAUUGUCAUCCAUUUGAACAGUGGAUGAGGCUUACCUAAAGUAGUUUAUAGCAUGGAAGAGAGGGCAAAGUGGAUGUGACCCAAACUGAUCUCAUUCAAAUUCACCAAAAGGACAAACGAGGUAGGGGAUGUUCAAUGAGACUUGCGGCUCAAAACAGCUUGGACAUGGUGGAAACUGACUUGGAAAUUCUGUUGGAGUCCAGUGGAAUCAAAUUCUAGAAAAAAGGAAUCACAAAAAAGCGGAAGAACAGCAUGACACGGACUUCGUCAGCAGUGGAAGCUGAAGUCCAAAAGGCAGAAAGGGGUCAGACCUCAAAGUAGCAGUGGAGUAGCAUAACAUGACACUCAGGAAAUGUAGAAGCAUAGAGACUCCAAAACCGCAUCGGAGUUGUCAAGCUGGUGAUUAAUCAUUAAUGAGAUGAGAUGGGAUUUAGUGGCGUGAAAGAGAGGGACGAGUCUAUAUGACCAAAAGUCUCAAUCAAUUCGCUUCCACGUUCUGCCAAUUAAGUCCAAAGGCCUUAUGAGAAAAUAUUGCAAAGUCAUGCUCAUGCUCACCCCUCAAAGUUGCAGUGGCUGGUUUCCUCAAAACAUGAUGACUCUCCCAUACUCCUCAUGCUUUGCAAUAUGUCGCAUUUCGUAUACAAUAUAUCUCCUAUACACAUAUACCUUAUGUAUCUGGUGUAUACAAAAUAUCAAACCAAGUUUAUGAGCAGGCCAGGCUGAUGCAGAAAGGAAUUGAAUUGGUGCUGGCAAGCUGAUUAGUGCUAUGAUUUUGAGCUGCAUUUUGGAAUCUAUUCGACUGACCAAUGUAGGCGCUAUUAGAUUUACCUGGGUGUUCAAACCCACCUCAAGUUUUCAGUUGCUGGAUAUAUCCCAAGACAUGGUGAACCUCAGGCUAAACUGAAGCAUAACUGACUCAGAAUAGUUGUCCAGUUGGCAGCUGAUUAAUGAGGUUCUACAAAUGGAGCACAGGAGGAUUGUCAAGCAGUGAUACACCAUUUCGGAAAUUGUCUUGCAUCGUUGCAUCCAUUUGACUAUUGAUGUGCUUUUCACAAUUCUGCCAGAAGUAUAGGACUUGUCUGAAGAAGUGAUGCACUAGCAAAGGAGAACUGUCUAGUAUUCUUUCAUCCAUUUGAUCAGUGGAUGAGGAUUACCUAAACUAGCUUGGAAGAGGGGAAGAGUGGAUGUGACCCAAACCGAGCUGAUUCAAAUUCAACCAAAGGACAAAUGAUCUAGGGGAUGUUCAAUGAGGGUUGCAGCUCAAAAUAUCUUGGACAUGGUGAAAUCCUGAUUGAAGUGGAAUCCUGUUGAAUCUAGUGGAACUAAAUUCAGGAGAAGAUUCACAACUGAGAGGAACAGCAUGUCACGGGCUUAGUCAAGCUAAAGUCCCAAAGGCUGCAAGGUUUUAAUUUCUUCUUUCACAAGGACAGGGGACUUAUUCUAGUAGUACUAGGAUUGUGAAGAACCUAUAGAUUAUUUAGGAAGAGAUGCUUCCCUAAGAGAUUUUACUUUGAGAGGAAUGCUUGUGAGGUUUUUCUUGGGUGUAACUGGGGCUCUCUAUUGAGAGGGGUUGAGAGGAGUGAGAUUACCUAGAGUGGUUUAUGAUUGUAACCUUCUUUAUUAGUUGAUUCAUCAUCAUUAUGGUCGCCCGAGGAUGUAGGCAAUUUGGCCGAACCUCGUUAAAUUAUUGUGUUAUUGUCAUGUGUUGUUUUUGCUUG